GUCCUGGGCUUUGCUGUGGUGGCACUUUGCAUCGUUAGGCAGUCGCUGUGCUCUCUUUCAGAGGUACCUGCUCUUCACUUGUGGAUGAAGAAUUCUGCUAGCAGAGGGAGUGGAAUGCUCCAUGAUCUUUCAACCAAAGCAUCAUGGAGGUCUUCAUACUCUAUGCUAUGAUACUUCUCCCAGGUACCACUGGCACCGUGCAUCAGGUGAAGUCAUUUCUCAACCACACUGCAUACCUAUCCUGUUAUUUUCCAAACUCUCAAAAAAGUGACAUAAAGAAUUUAAUAGUUUUUUGGCAAAAAGGCCACGAAGUGGUGCAUGAAGUGUACCACGGCCAAGAAAAACAUGAUAAUAUCAGUCCUGAAUAUAAAAAUCGCACCAAGAUGGAUAUGGACAAAUGGACCUUGCAGCUGUUAAAUGCAGGGAUUGUGGAUGAGGGACUGUAUACGUGUAUCAUACAGCAGAGAGUUAAAGGAAUUUCAAGUGUCAUACAUCAGUCUGAGUGCUUACUGCACAUCAUUGCCAACUAUAGUCAACCUGAGAUAGCAUGGCUGCACAAAGGGGAACUAAAGCCCAAUGAAUAUUUGAAGCUUUGCUGUUCUUCCAGUGGAGGUUAUCCAGAGCCCAAGCAAAUGACUUGGUUAAUUUCACAUGAAAACAGAACACACAGGCUUAUGAAUUACAUGGAUAUCUCACAGGAUGCUGUAACAAAGCUGUACAAUGUUACUACCAAUCUGAAUACCACUGUUCCUACAAACACCCUUACUAAUAUCAGCUGCUUGCUUCACCUUGGAGAGGAGCUGGGGAGCCUUGUCUCAGUGCCACUAGGCAUAGAGAUAAUUCAAGAGGAAGAAAUAGAGCAAGUGAAGAUACAUUUCUUUGGCCCACUUAUAGCUGUGAUUGUACUGAUCACAAUUCUUCUAGGUUUUGUGAUCUUGAGGAACAGAAAUAUCUCAUCCAGCAACCAGAGUGUCAGUCUAGCAGUCUAGAAGCUAUCAAGCUUGAAACUGCAGCCAUCAGCCAGACUGCUGACUGGAAACCAUCUCUGCACAUAGCAAGGCCUGAGGUCCUGUGUUCUUACAUGGUGCGCCAGAAAAAGAAUCCUCCCCAGAUAUCCUACAGAGCAACAUGCAACAUUUUUGCCUGAUGGUUGAAAUACACUGUCCAGUGAUCUCUGCUUUUAUUUUUGUUCCAGAAUGUAGUAAAUACGAUGCUCUGCCUGUCUGCAUGACUACCUUUUGGCUGUAUCUUCCAUUACAUCCUGUGACAUUGUAAAACCCUGAGAGUCAAUGAAGAAAGCAGAGCUGUGUGGGUUUCAGAAGAUUCAGAAAUAGAAAGUGUUAGGCCACAAUCUGUGAAUCACAGCCAUCACUGGAAACAUGAUCAGAGGCAGGUUAUUAAUUAUGAACCAUAAAUGCUUUUGGGAUAGCCAGUGUGACUUUGUACCAGUAACUUUCUUGUAAAGCUCCACCACAGAAAGAGAAAAUCCCCACCCUCUGAGAUAAGCUGCACAAUUCCUAUGAGGCCUCUGAAACUAGACAUCACCUGAAGGAAAGACUCGCUUUAAACAUAAUUGCUGGUUAUCCUUUUUUUAGUAUCUUCCAAGCUUAAUAAGCCCAGACAGUUAGUUCCUGGACUUUCUGAAAUUGUGACUGGAUCCUGUACUAAUUCUGGUGGAUGCAGGGAUAGAAAAUGAAAGCAUGAGGUACCAUUCAUAUGUGUAGAAAUCUACAUAUACAAAAUUAAGCUAAUCAUAUAAUGAAAAAAUAUAAGUAGAUUUUCUUCCAAUUUGUUUGACUGUGUUCUCCUUUUCUGAAUCUUGCUUCAACCCCUGAGGAUAGAGCAAUCCAUACACUGUGGUAUGCCCAGCUAUCGGAAGUAGUUUGAACUUUCAGAAAAGAUUCUCCGUUUCACUCAGAAUGUGCCAGUUCUCCAAUCUUGAACAAUCUCUGCACUUUACAUUCUUCAACAGCAUUGAUAUCUUCCAAGAGGAAGAAUGCAGCAGAACUGAGAUAGAAUUCUGCUGAGGUCUUCAUUAUGUUUGUGUGGCCUGAUAUUUUCAGCAGGAGCAGGGACAUUACCAUCACAUUGCAAGACAAGUUCCAAUGUGUUGAAAUUUUCAGUCUAGGGACUUAGAAUUUCCAUGGUUUCUGCUGGGUACAAAUACUUUUUUCUGUCAAAUUAUGUGAGUUGCUAGAUUCCACCUAAAUUUUUACUCCACUUUCAAGUGUGUGAGAGAAUUUGCAUGCCCUUUUGUGUCAGCUAAACCAUUUGGGAGUCAGUUUAUUAAGCUAUUACACUAACAUCCCAAAUAUUGACAUUCAGAUUAAUAUCAUUCAAAUUUUAUUAAAAGUUAAAGUUUUUAUUUUUAUGUAAAAGUUUAUAUUUGUUAGUAAACUUAUUUAAUGACUUAAUAAAAUACAUGUCUUUU